AGUAAACAGGUAGAGGUAGAGGUGUAGAGAGAGAGAGAGAGAGAGAGAGAGAGAGAGAGAGAGAGAGACACACACACAAAGAGAGUGAGCGACAGACGAGAGAGAAAGAGAGAGAGACCCCGUGGGCACAACUCAGACACUGAAACAGUCAUCAUCUUCCAAGGACCAGAACAACACAGGUGAGAGAGAGACAAGAGAUUCUGACCAUGGCGUCGUUCGAACCUCAGGGCCAGUCUCCUCCUUGCUGUGGCCCCCAGUUCCCCAGCUUGGGCCAGGAACCUCCAGAACUCAGCAUGUACAGUGACUGCUACUAUCCUCCGCCAUCACUCCCCAGCCCCCAGCGCAUCCCCGACACCUCCUACGACUACAGCACCUCCUCCCCCAACCCUUACCUGUGGUUCAACGGAUCCGGCAUCAACGCUCCCCAUUACCUGGCCACUGCCGGGCCUCCAGGUAACCCCGGGCCCCCCUUCGUCCCCCAGCACUACGGAAUGCAGAGGCCCUACCUGGGGUCCAGCGGGGCGGGGGUCCCUGGGGGGGAGCUGAGCUGGUUCUCUCUGCCCUCACAGGAAGACCUGAUGAAGCUGGUACGCCCGCCCUACUCCUACUCUGCCCUCAUCGCCAUGGCGAUCCACGGCGCCCCGGAGCGGCGGCUGACCCUGAGUCAGAUCUACCAGUACGUGGCCGAUAACUUCCCCUUCUACAACAAGAGCAAGGCUGGCUGGCAGAACUCGAUCAGGCACAACCUGUCACUUAAUGACUGUUUCAAGAAGGUCCCCAGAGACGAGGACGAUCCUGGUAAGGGUAACUACUGGACACUAGACCCAAACUGUGAGAAGAUGUUUGACAAUGGAAACUUCCGUCGUAAGAGGAAGAGGAAGUCUGAUUUGCUGUCUGGAGGAGAGGGGGAGUCAGUGGGGCUGGAGUCAGGUGAUCCCAAUGACCCGGGGAGUCCCCAAACCCCCAGCAACCAUGGGAUCGACAUGUCCCCCACGCCAGAGAGAAUCCCCUCCCCUUCCUCCUCAGGUACCGCCCCUUGUCUGAGCAGCUUUCUGUCUGAGAUGUCUGGAGUGGCAUCUGGGGGAGCCAAUGUAAUCGGAGGAGAUUCACUGAACCAUGCCCUGCCCAUAACCCUUACCCUGGACGGGACCCAGAGGCCUACACAGCCUGGGGGUGUUGGUAGUUACUGCCCUAGCUCAGGUGCUUCGGAGUGGGCUUCCCAGCUACCGCCUCCUCCUGGCCUCUCCUCCUCGCCCACCCACUCCUCCCUGGGUUACAGCAGCCCCAUCCUCAGCCAGUUCAAUGGGCAUUUCUACCCUGGCUUGGGCUCAGCAAAUAUCCUAUACCCACGGGAAGGCACAGAGGUCUGAAGAGACUGAUAGAGAGGGAGACAGGGAUGGGCAGAAGACAACUAGAGGUCUGAAGAGACUAAAGAAAGAAGGAGAGUGAGAAAGAGACUUCUACCUGAGACUGAACUGUCUGCACACACACACACACACACACACACACACACACACACACACACACACACACACACACACACACACACACACACACACACACACACACACACACACACACACACACACACACACACACACACACACACACAGUAGUCCGUUAGCGCUGACAGGGCAGGGCUUAGUUGCAUGUGACAGCAGGAUGAGCAGGGCCUGGUUCCCAAGGAAACAGCAGAGUCAGCCAUGACACACAAAUCUAUAAUUGCUGACUGUCAUCACAUUUUGUAUAUAUUUGUAUUUGUAUUUAAGGUGUGUAUUUUAUUGGUUAUGUAUGUGUUUUUAUCUCUGAGUGCUUGCGUCUAAAACAUUUGUUCAACAUGUGCCAUUGUAGAAUAGUGAUUUGCGAUGGAUGACGCAGACCUGGGUUCAGAUACAUGUGUAUUGAGUAUUUGUUAUUCAAAUAUUUUGUUCUGUGUAUUUAAGUAUUUUCAAAUAAACAGCUCAAAACAAGUACAUUUAAUUGAGCAUUUGAAUGGUUAUUUGUGAAAAAAACAAAUAGUCAACUAAAUUGAAUCUGAAAGUAUUUUGAAAUAUUUAUUUCAUAUACUCGUAUUUGAGUCAGUGUAUUUGAGUAUUUCCUACUACUUUCUAAGUGUAUUUACAAAUAAAUUUCAAUAUUCAGCUACUUGGUUUUUUUUUUCAAAUAAAUUUGAUCUGAAUACUUGUUUUAAAUUGUAUUGAAAAGUAAUUGAAAUACCUUAAAUAGCAUUUGAACCCAGGUCUGGUAUGGCUUAUACCAACAUUGGUCUGAUGUUUGUUUUUGAUAAGAAUAAUAAAAUACAGAAAAACUUUC